AUGCUGGAAAAAUACUAUGGUGGAGAUGCCAAGGUCAAGAAGGUGCGCCUCCAGUCUUUGAGAAAGCAGUAUGAGAUGCUGCAUAUGAAAGAGGGUGAAUCGAUAUCAAAUUUCUUCACAAGGAUUCAAGAUUUAACCAAUCAGAUGAAGAGUUAUGGAGAGACUUUGAUACAGCAAAUGAAGGUUGAAAAAGUACUUCAAAGUCUCACUCCUCAAUAUGAUAUGGUAGUAGUAACAAUGAAAGAAACCAAAGAUUUGGAAACGAUGAAGAUGGAGGAUCUGCAAGGAUCUCUAAAAGUCAGAGAACUGAGACUGAAUCAAAGAGAGACAGAUGAAGAUUCUGAACAGACCCUGAUUGCUCAUUCAAGAAAGGAAAAUUUUGAUGACAUGAAGAAAAGGUGGAAGUAA